AUGGUAGCAUCAAAUAAAUCAGGACAAAAGAAGAAGAGCGCAAAUACUCAAAAGGUUCGUCAUCCUUUAAUUGAAAAGACCACUAGAAACUUCAGACUUGGAGGAGAUAUCCGCCCAAAAACUGAUUUAACCCGUUAUGUACGUUAUCCACGUUACAUUUUAUUACAACGUCAAAAGAGUACUUUAAUGAGACGUUUAAAGGUUCCACCAACCUUGAAUCAAUUCACUUGCACUCUUGAUAAGAACCAAUCUUCUCAGUUACUCCGUUUAAUGGGUAAAUACAAGCCAGAGACUCGUGCUGAGAAGAAGGCCAGACUCCAAGAGGAGGCUAAAAAGGCAGCAAAUGGAGAGACAGUUGAGAGUAAGAAGCCAUUGUUCCUUAAGUAUGGUGUAAAUCAUGUAACAGAUCUCGUUGAAAUGAAGAAGGCUAAACUCGUAGUCAUUGCUUCAGAUGUCGACCCAAUUGAAAUCGUCUGUUUCCUUCCAGCUUUGUGUAGAAGAAAGGACGUUGCUUUCUGUAUCAUUGGCGGAAAGGCAAGACUCGGAAAGUUGAUUGGUAAGAAGACUGCUGCAGUUGUAGCAAUUGAGGGAGUUAGAAAGGAAGACCAAGCCGAAUUCGAUUUACUUUGCAACAACUUUAGAGCUCAAUAUAACGACAAUGUUGAAUUGAGAAGAAAGUGGGGAGGUGGAGUCAUGGGUGUUAAGGCACAACAUGUUAUCAGAAGAAGAGAAAAGAUCCUUGCUAUGGAACAAGCAAAGAAGGUUGGUCUUGUCGCCUAA